GUAUACGCAUCUCAACCCAACAAAGACAGAAUACUUAUUAUAUCCAAGAUACAGAUGGUAGUGGUCGACGUUGUGGUAACAGAUAAGUUUCCCGUUGAGCUUCACUAUGUUCCAAAUCUGGAUCAAGUUUGGGUUUUGUGCUGGAGGAAGACAGAAGACAGGGGAACCAAGACCAUUCAAAUAAUCCGAGAUGCCAGCCAGAAAAAGAAACACCACACUGUUCACCCCGAGCCUGUGGAUGGACACUUUGAUCUGGUGAGCGGGCUCUUCAUCCCUCCCAACCAAGAUCUAGGUCACGGAUGGAAGUACGGAUAUGUAGUGCAUACCAACCAAAGAGGCAUGUACAAACUCGACCUUCAGGGUAUGAAGUAUCUCAAGACGGUGGAUCUCACCCCUUACAACUGCGCUCCCAAGUCAGCCGAUUUCGCCUCCUUUGGUGGAUUGGUGAUACUGGAAUGUCUGGAGCCAGUGACGGGAAGGCCAACGGGUCAGAUUGUGCUGGACUACCUGACAGACACUGUGAUGGUGCACGGAACAACGCUGUUCGGAAAACCAUAUGUCUCUCCAGAUUCCAGAAAAGUUGUGACCUUAAAAGCAGAUGACCACAGUGUUCUCAUAGUAGCUCAAGAAAUCACGGAGGACGGACUUCGAUUCCUGUUUGACGUGAAGACAACUCUGCAGAUCGGCGACGUCGCUUUCUUUCCCUCUCGUGCGAGUCACGGUUAUGAUCUAUAUGCGACCUCCUCUUCCAAAGAGGACAUUCUUUUUGUGGACCUCACGGAUGGCAAAGUGGAGAUGAUUACUGGGAUCGGGCGUCCUGCUCCCCUCCAGACGGCACUCUGGGGUAACAGUAAUCGUCCCAUCUUCAGUUCCGGCAUCUUUGGAACCUUCAUGAUAACAACUGCCGAGGACGCCAUCUUCGUAGUGAAUGGGAAGACGAGGACUGUGAAUUGUGAGAUUGGUUCUGUCCUCCAUCCUCGGAUGAUGGUCUGGGUGAGGGCACCCUGACUGUUAACUUUCUUUUUAAAAAAAAAAGUUUCUUUAUUUGAUAUAAGUGCCGCAGAUAGAGUUUGACAACGUUCUUUUCCUUCCGUGAUUUAAACGAAAAAAAGAAUGAGAAGAUUCAUCGUACAAAUGUAUGCGCGAAAUUUUUUGUGUUGGUGUAUUUUCUUCCUUUGGAGAAAAUUAGGACAUCUUAGCAGACGAUUUAUUAAGUUUUUGGGUGAAAAACAGUUUAAUUCUGAAAACUUUGCGAACAGUAUUAUUAAAUUUUGGAUAGAAGAAAACGACUUAAUUCGAAACAUCUGAACACUUUUGCAUUAAAUUGAGUGACGAAGAACAAUUUAAUUCUGGAAAACUACAUUAAGUUUUGGAGUGAAGGACAACUUAAUUCCGAACUUUUGUAAUAGACGUGUUAAGUUUUUUGAUGAAAUACAGUUUAGUUCUGGAACUUUUCUACAUAUUUUUGCAAGUCUCGUAAAUACUUCGUUGAUAAAAUCAAAGUUCUUUUUUAAUUUGUGAAGAGUUCUGAUAAAAGUAAAUGAUUUAUUUCCUCUCUCUCUCUUUCUUCUUCUUUAAAAAAAAUUUUUUUUUACGAUCUCACGUUUCUCGAAAUAAAACUUUAGGUCACUAAGGCAUACAAUGAAAAAGAAAAAUAAGCACAAUCAAAUUUAAUAAACAAUGUUCGUUUAUAAAAUUUGCUAAUGUUUGCGAGGUACAAUAUGAGAAGUACCAUACAAAUUAUAAGAACGAUUUAAUGUAAUUAUAUUUUAAAAGCAUUAUAAUUACAUUAUUCGCGGGUACUAAUCUAUUAAAUUUAUGUAAAUAACUUUAAUCGGAUUCAUUUUUGUGAUUGACUAUACAUACAAAUAAUUAAAAAAUGACGACGCAUUUCCGAUAUUUUGAAUGUUCUAACGUAUAUAGAUUUGAAAAACACAAUGAUUUACCUUUAAUUACUAUAGUUUUGUAAAUACAGAUAGCAAAAAUGAUUGCAAACACAAGGAAAUAUUGAGUAUGGCUUCACUUUUUCACAACUCUAUAUUGCCUUGUGACCAAUUCUUAAGAAAAGAAAAAAGGUUUCCCUUUAAAUUUUUAUAGGUUGAUCACACAAAAUUCUACAUUAUGCCAUACAACUAAAGAAAGAGAGAGAAUUUACGAACUCUUUUUGUUUAUUAUCUUAGUCAACUGAUGUUAUUGAGUAGAUAAAACAAUAACACUGUAUAAAAAAAUAAAUAAUGCUAAUAGGAAAGAGACAAACAUUUUAAGGAAUAGUUUUUUCUAGUCUCUCUUAGAUAGAGGCGUUUACUAGCCAAACUGUAUUUAAAAAUAAUUUAUUUUUACUAUAAAUAAUUCCAAUUAUUUUGUAUGCACAAUGUGUUUCUGUUUAUCGUUCGAAUGAAAUAAAAAAAAAGGGGGUUGUUUAUGCAUCCACUUACGAAUGCAUUUAUAAGCUCUGUGUUAUACACUACUUGGCCAGAGGUGCAGUUGUUAAUGUCAUACACUUAAGAGGAAUCCAUUUUGAUACUUUAGUUGCUCGCUAUUGAGCAACAACGACUACAAACAAACUGGUUUAAUCUUAGCUACUAUUUAUUGCAAUUUUAAUUUUUGUGUGCCACAAAUUACAUGUCCAUUUGAACGGAUCAUUUUGAUUUAUUUUGCAAUCCAUAAAAAUCAAUAACAAACUUGCAGUGGUGUCAACUUAUUGGACAAUUGGAGACUCGAGUAUUUUUUUCAACUUAAUAUACAUAUAUACACUAUCUGGCCAUGAUGUUUGUCCCCCUUUUAGCAUCGAUGACAGCCUGCACACGGCUGGGAAGACUUUCCACCAGUUUUUCAUAGGAAUUGACUUCCAUGACAGCUGUGCUUUCAGUGAGGAUUCGGCUGGCUACGUAAUCUGCAUUCUAAUUCGUCCCAAAGGUUUUCUAUGGGAUUUAGAUCGGGGAUCUGAGAAGGCAGUUUUUGAACACCUAUAUCGUCAAACCAUGUCUGUGCAAAACCCGAUGUGUGAAUGGGGCAGUUACACUGCUGGAAGAGAAAUGGGCCGAGCAUUGUCCAUAUAGAUCUAGUUCGAGUUGGAAGUGCAGCAUUGUCCAAAUAGAUCUAGAUCGAGUUGGAGCAUUGUCCAAAUAGAUCUAGUUCGAGUUGGAGCAUUGUCCAAAUAGAAUUAGUUCGAGUUGGAAGUGCAGCAUUGUCCAGAUAGAUCUAGUUCGAGUUGGAAGUGCAGCAUUGUCCAUAUAGAUCUAGAUCGAGUUGGGAGUGCAGCAUUGUCCAAAUAGAUCUAGAUCGAGUUGGAAGUGCAGCAUUGUCCAGAUAGAUCUAGACCGAGUUGGGAGUGCAGCAUUGUCCAGAUAGAUCUAGUUCGAGUUGGGAGUGCAGCAUUGUCCAAAUAGAUCUAGUUCGAGUUGGGAGUGCAGUAUUGUCCAAAUAGAUCUAGUUCCAGUUGGGAGUGCAGCAUUGUCCAAAUAGAUCUAGUUCGAGUUGGAAGUGCAGCAUUGUCCAAAUAUAUCUAGUUCGAGUUGGGAGUGCAGCAUUGUACAAACAAUAGGAGUAUGAGAAUAGGAACACUAAUAGGAGAACAUUCCACAAAUAGGAGAUUGUUAGUGACAUAAUAGAACAGUGUUAAAUCUCAGCCCACCACGUGUUGUCCAGUAGUAAAGGAAAAUUUUCACUUAAUGAUAAGUAAUUAUUUACAUGAAAUGAAAAAGAAAAGAUUUUGCAGACGAAAACAUACAAACAUAACUUAUGGCGGCAAAUCUAUUUUCAAAGUUAGUAUUUACAGAUGUACAGUGCGCAAAAAUUCUUUUUUGAAAAUAUCUGAAAUUUGUGCAAUUUAAUUUCUCAUGAACUAUUAAACCGAUUUUGCUCAAAUUUUGUAUUUUGC